UCUAACGAACCUCUAUUUCGUAGAUUCAUACAGCGACUUUUAGACUUUUUAACAUUGGAAAACCUUCAUCACCAUGACCGCCGAAAACACUACUGUAUUGGAACCCGUAGUAGGAAAAGAUGAGAUUGGUUGGAUGUUUGUUCAAGAAUACUAUACCUAUUUAAACAAGGAACCCCAUCGUCUUCAUUGCUUUUACACCAAGAAGUCUACAUUAGUUCAUGGUGAGGAGGGAGAAGCCAUCAGCCUUUGCCAUGGACAACAGGAGAUUCACAACAAGAUUUUGGAUUUAGAUUUUCAGAAUUGCAAGGUCCUUAUCUCCAAUGUGGACAGCUUGGCCUCCUGCAAUGGGGGUAUUGUCAUUCAAGUAUUGGGUGAAAUGUCCAACAAGGGAAAGCUCUCUAGAAAAUUUGCCCAAACCUUCUUCCUGGCCGAACAACCUAAUGGUUACUUCGUUUUAAAUGAUAUUUUCCGUUUUUUGCGUGAAGAUGUUGAAGAUGAGGAGGUUGAGGAAACCGAAGCUCUCGAGGCCUCUCAGGUGAACGGCACCAACGUUCCUUCCUUUACACCCCAAGAAAAUAAAGAUGAAUCCUUACCUUUCGAACUUUCUAAACCAGAAUCUGAGAAUCCACAAACUCAAUCGGUCGUUCCCUCAUCCGCGUCUCCUAAACCUGCUAAUGUAGAAGUUCCUCCACCAUCUAAACCCGAACCUUUACCAUCAGCAAUCUCUCCUCCUCCAACUCAAGCUGCUUUUGAUUCUAGUAGUUCUAUGGCGGAAGCUGCCCCGAAGCAAUCUAGUCCUGUUGCGUCGUCCGCUACCGCCAAGACUCCUAGGACAUGGGCAAACUUGAUUGCUCGUAAUACCCCCGAGUCCAAGUCUCAGGCUGCAGUAGUCAACGGUCCUUCUCCCCAGCAACAGCAUCAAGCUCCGGCUGCCAAGCCCAUGAAUGUCACAUCCAAUCAACAACCCCAGAAUACAAAACAAUUAGAAACCUCCGUUUUCGUCAAAAACAUCCCAGAUGAAGUAUCUGAAGACGGUUUGAAAAAAGCUCUUGGUACUUUUGGUCCUGUCAAGAGUGUCGAAUAUGCUCGUCGUAAGGGAACAGCUUACGUUGAUUUUAACGACCAUGCUUGUGUUGAGGCGGCUCUGAGCAAGGGUUCUGCUGAAAUUGAAAAUGUCGUUUUAAGCAUUGAAGAGAGACGCCGUGUUGUUCCCAACAAACUAGGUAAACCCAACGAUCGUCGGGGAGGUGAUAACUACAAUGCUGGACCUAGACGUCAAUAUCGCAACCGUCCUGGUAGAAGUAAUGGUUACGAUGGUCAUUCAAGAGAAAACAAUGUUACCAAAAAACAAAAUAUUUAAUUUAUAACAAAAAUGUUGGAGUACCUUUGUACAAUUAGUUUUGCUACUUCCUUAUGUCUGUUGCUCUGCGCAUGGAUGAAACUGCAGUCAAGCUUAAUAAUUCUUUUAUUUUUGCCUGAUUCUUUUCACUUGAAUGAUCUUUACUUACAAAUAUCCUCUCCUCUAUUGCAUAGAAUUCUCCCUUCUUGAGAGAAACUAAACCGGUUUUGAUCUUACGCAAAUUUUGUCAGGAUACACCUAGCAUCUUGUUUAUUACAUUCCUUUCUUCCUUAUCCGUUACGAUCUCAUUCCUUAAUUUUACCUUUGUGUAUAUCCUUGUUCUAGACUCGUAUGUAAAUGAAAAAGUUUAUUGUUAAAAAC